AUGCCUACAACAGCUAAGUUCAGCUUAAAAACAUGUCAACACUUGCCUGAUAUUCUAAAACGAAACGACGUCAUAUAUGAUGCAGAGAUUAUGGCGAUGGAGCCGACGCCAAUGAAUUUGCUGCAUAACUCAAGUGGUAUAGAGAGUCUAAAGGUAAAGUCUUAUAUGCCAAUAUCACCAACAUUCUUUCUACAUCUCAAGUCGCUUAGAAACUUAAAAGUUGAAAUACUUGUAAAUUAUUUGGGCAGUGAUAAACUCGGGUAUUUAACUACGGAGCACUUUCAAAAUCUAACCGCACUCAAGAAUCUAACCAUUACCUCAACUUUUUCUAAAAGUUUUCCUGCGCAUAUUUUCUCUUCACUUGGAGAACUAGAACAUUUGAGUCUGCAAUAUAACAAUUUGAGUGAACUUCAAGAGAAUUCAUUUGCUGCUCAAGAAAAGCUCAUUAGUCUAGAUCUCAGCUGGAACUUACUUGAAUACUUGCCAGAGAAAUUAUUCGAAAAUACAAGCUCUCUAAGAUAUCUGUAUUUGUCCGAAAACUACUUCAGCAAUCCCUCAAUUAUCAUUGCCUGCACUAAGCCUUUGGGAUAUUUAAACCAAAUGGAUUUGAGUCACAACAAAUUGCGUACGAUCGGUGGUAAUGAUUCCUAUGUCAACGAGACGAUCUUAACCAACUUCGAACGACUGGAAGAUUUCACACCACCACUUUCGAACAAGAACCAUAGUGGCGAAAAUGAAAGACGCCAUUUCAUAUGGCUCGACCUAAGCUUCAACCCUAUAAAAAUAUUCAAUACGAAUUG